AUGGACUUUGAAGAGCAAUUAGAAAAAGCCGAGCGUUUGGAAUCUCCAUCGCUCGUAGGGUCAUCUUUGAGAUCCGCAGAUGACUCUGCCCACAAGAACUACAUUCACCCGGAGAAGUACACUGGCAAGAAAUCAAAGCCUGGUAAGCACUCCGUCUUGAAUUCGUCGAUUGGAGCUUCCUUGGAUGAUUUGAUCAGUGAGGGUGCCCUUUUAGGCUCCGAGGAGGACUUUGACCGCUUUUUGGACGACAAGGGUAACGUCAAGAACGACGCCAAAUACUUGGCCAAAUCUUCCAGCUCUGAACGUUCUAGUGCAGCUGCCACCACCAAGAAUGCAGCUGUAUCGUCUCCACUUAGGAUUUCAGCUUCGCGGCCAGAUGAUUCUCCUGGCUCUGCGGUAUUUUCUCCUGUGGACGCAGACUUUGCUGCUAAUGAGACCGACAAUUCGGCCCUGGCCGUCUCGGCUGUGCCCGCUGGCGAUUCUCUCUAUUCCACAGAGAACUACUCAGCCCCUAACUUGUCUGAAUACCAGCUCGACCACCAGAUCGCAGAUCACUCUGCGUUGUUGGACCUGGUAAAGUCGUACGACUUGAAAAAGUUACCUUCCUCCAACGACAGAGAGAGAUCCAAGACCAGCGAGCUCUAUGCUGCCAGCGAGCGUGUACCAAAGGGGGUGAAGGUAACUGCAGCAAAGAAAAACCCUGUUUUUGCCGUAGAGAAGCCAGACGAUGCCCGUAUUAGCAACUCCGACUCGUUACACACUCCGUACUUCCCUCGUGAUGAGAGAUCACCCAGCAGAUCUAGGGCAGGCCGUUUGCCUGUCGAUGAAUCCAGAUCCCGGUCCACGUCGCGCUCCAGAUCCGUCAACAAGCCCCACUUGGCUCGUGGCGAUUCCUACAAGAGCACUCACGAGGAUGCACCUGCUAAGUACGAGCUUCCGGCCAAUUUGGCGGUUGAGGAGGAAGAGGAGGAUAGUAGAAGAUCUAGACAGUCGCGUCCAACCAUGGGAGAUUCGAUUGCUGCUGCCGAGGCCCAAGAAGUGCGUGACUACCACAGUGAGAACAUCACCAGAGACCCAUCUUUGGUGACUACGGGUGAUUACACCAACUUCAACUGUGAUGCGCCAAGCCAGAGAAUGGAAGACCUCAGUUUGUUCUCCGUACGCUCGCAAUCUUCUACCAACUACUUGCGGUCUAUCUCGCGUUCUAGGUCUAGACAGCCUCAAAAGAGAGCACCCAGAGACCGGUCGUUGUUGAACGAAAAGAACGACGCUAAUCCCGAGGAGUUGGCCAGGGAGGGUGCUCUUGUCUCGGAUGAUCCUUACGACCAAAUGACUGGCUUGGAUGCCAUGGUCGAUAAGGUGUUGAAGGCUCCUAAAGACUUCUCUGAGUCUUCAAAAAAAUUAGUCAAUGAUGUGUCUGCCGAAAAAAAAGUUACUGAGACUAAAGAGCAGUUGAUUGCAGAGGAGGCCCCAACCCUUACUGCUGCUGAUAUUCAGGUGAAUGAAGAAGAGGCUGACAAGGCCACCAAAUCAAGUGAGUAUGUCGAGAAGAUUAUUGAGGCGGAGAUGGAAGAGGAAAUCGAAGAGACGCGGGACGUGGUUGAUGUUCCUGCUGAGAUUAAGGUUGAGGAGGCUCAUGAACAACUUGUUGCUGAAGAGGCCCCGCUUGUAACGGCGAAAGAUAUCAAGUUAGAUGAGGUCAGGAAGAGCGAAUUUGGCAAAAAAGUUGAGAAACAAGUAGAAAAAGCUGAUGAUAAAGAAGCUGAAGAAGAAAAAGAAAAGAAAAAAGAUGUUGACCCUCCUACUUCUAAUCGCCAUAACUCGAAGAUUCUUGAUUCGCUCAAAGCUCUUGAAGCUACUAAAGCUGACUCGGAUGUAUCCGACGCCCCCAAGGCUAUUGAGGAAACUGACGAUUCCGUAUCUUCAAAGGCAGAAACAAAUUUCUUGAAGCUUACCGAACCCGAAUCUGUGUCUCAGGCCACCCAAGUGGACGAACAUAUGACCGAAGACAAGGUUGACUCAGCAAGUGCGAAAGAAAUUGACCCUAGUUCAGUCGACGCAAAAAGUGAAGAUUUGGAGGAGAAUGAGGAAGGCGAAAUAGAGGCAAAAGAAGUCACUGAUGCAGAGACAGUUGAAGAAUUCGAGGUUAAAGCCGAGGAAUUAGACGCUGCUACAUCCACCUUUGAACUGGAGAAGUCCGUGGAAGUGACAAAGGGAGAACUAGAUCUGACUGAAGAAGUUGCAAGUGUAGCUGAUCAGGAUGAGACUUUACCUCUCAACAUCAAAUCUCAUGCCAAUGCCACUUCACCUGCGAAGGCCGAAGAAAAGUCCGAGGAUGAGAAGACUCAGGAUAGGUCAGCAGAGACUGAAUCUGGACCAACUGAAGUACUUGAAGAGGUCGAGACGCUUUCUAAGGAACUCGAACCACGUAAAGAAUCCUCGAAUGUGAGGGAACCUGAAUCUGAAGAAUCUACCGGAGCCGAGCCUGCAACCGAAAUCGAAACCGAGACUCAGCAGCCAGAAUCCAAAUCUACAGAGCCAGAAGCCUCAGUCCCUAAACCUGAAGAAGAAGAAGACUUCGAAGUAUCGCCAGAGGAGUUGAGAAAGCACCUAGAGAGCUUGCCGAUUUACCUCUUCACGUCUCUCGCCGGAGGAAUGCAGAUCAUUCAAAAAACUAACCGUUUAGCAACCAUUUUACAAGGUAAUGGCAUCAAAUUUGAGUACAGAGACUUGGGUACAGAUGAGGAAGCAAAAAAGCUCUGGAGAAGAUUUGCUCAAGGAAAGACAUUGCCUGGAGUUGUUAGAGGCGAUGAUUUCAUUGGUAACUGGCAAUACAUUGAUGAGGUGAACGAGGAUUACCGGUUACACGAAGUGUUGUACGAGACUCUUUAG